ACGCACACAUGCAAUUGUGAUUCGUGUUAAAAAUAGAGUGAGACCUUCGUCGAAACAUCGGUCAUUAUUUACUGGGAAAAAAAUGCAUUAGUGGCCGCUUUUUUUUGUUUGUUUGUUACAAAAUCGCUGCUUAUCGCACUGCAUGUCUAAAUAUAAAUUGCAUUUCAAGUGGCUCGUCUGUUGCGCUGUAAUAAUUAAGUGAUUAAGUUGCUUUUUGUUGUGGCUUUGAUUGGUUGUGUAUAAAGCAGCGUGUGUGUAUAUAUAGUGAAUGCAUUGCCGAUUCGAUGCCAUGUAAAUAUAAACAAAAAAUGUGGUUUUUUCCAGCGCAUUUGCGAUCUCUAUGGCAACGCAUACUCUCAUUCGACUACUACAUUGAUGUGACGCUGAACUCUGUGUAUCGCGUUCGCUAGCGCACGAGCCCACAUAUGAUGCUCUCGGCUGUCUCGCUCCGGUUUUAGUGUAUUAUGUGUGUAAACUUUUUUACUGCUGCUGCUGCUGUCGAUGUGUAUAUGCGGCAGUUCAACACCAAAUAAGAGUGAGUACCCAUCAUUGUGCCAUCAUCAUCAUCGGAUUCGGUCACCGUAAACAUACAAAAUCAGAACCGUAACACCAGUCGACUUCGCUGGAUGCGUGAACGUAACGUGUGUCAAUCAGAUCGCUUCUUUUUUUUGUAGUGUGUAGAGAAAAGGUCUUUGGUUGUUUGGCGUUGUUUUUUUUUAUGGUGCCUUAUUUUCGAUCGAAAUUGGUGUUUUAUUGAGGAAAGACGUGUUUUGAUUGAUACAUUGUGCAAGUGUUUGGAAAUUUUAUGGAAGAAAUUUAUCAUCACUGGAUUUUAACUAGUAAUUCUUCAACAUUUGGAAUGAAAAAGAUUGAUUAUUUGAACGGAUCGAAAUUUGGCAUUGGGAAGAGUAAAGCUAUUGAAAAUUUUUGAAUUUUGAGUAAAAAAGUGUACAUUUUGAAUUAAAAUAUUUAAGUUUUGAUUGAAAAGGUUCAAAUUUUUGGAAUCAAUCAUGUUUUUAAAUCAAUGUGAAUCAUGUUUUCGAAUUAAAAAGUUUGUGUUCAGAAUUGCUGUUUAAUUCGACCGAACGAUAUAGUGUUUCAAACAAUCAGCAUUGUGCACUGUGCUGACAAGACUCUAUAGCUCUUUACUGAAGUCUGAUGUGUGUUCUUCGUUUAAUCGGAGGAUCUAAAGGCAAUAUUAAGUGAUUAUUGAACGACAAAGCGUGGCUUUGUGUGGUAUUUGAUGAAAGGCUGCAUCGCCUGCUGUUUGUGUAAGCAUUUCCAAGUCAUACCGGGUGGCAUACAAAAGUCACAUUCUCACCUACACACACACACACACACACACAAACGCUGGAUUCGAGCUAAAUCCAAAACAACAAUCGAUAAGUGCCAAUUGCUUGUUAUCGCAACAAAUGAUUAGACACAGCAACGUAGAAAGAAAAAAAGACAGCAACGACUACAAUAUAAAUUCUUAUCGUGUCUUUAUCAACAACAACGACGACGACGUGCUCUGGCUUUAGUUGAAAAAAUAAAACAUCAAUCGAUCGAUGAACGAACAAGAAAAAUUACCUUACUAUUUGUGAACUAAAAAUUCUAUCGUUGCGUGAUCUUCUUAUGACAUGAACUAGAACUGCUGCAACAUCAGCAGCAGUAAGAGAAAUAAAAACCUGAAUUUUUUCUUCUCUAGUUUAUUCUGUGAGUACCGUAAAUCGGAGUGUAGUGUUUGUGUAUAUGAAAAAAGAAACACCCGAACGGUGUGUAAAAUUCCAUUGCAGAGCCAACACAAAUUGGAUCCAUCAAGUUUAUGUUAACGGCCCUCUCCUGGUUUCACUUGCAACUUUAAUAGAUUCCCGAUUCUUCGUGCUACAGUGCCGAUCUCUUACUCUGGCUCUCUUGCUGCUGGAUACGAGCACGAGCGCGAGCGCGCACAUACACCUAUUUUACAACAAUCCAAAUCGAAUGCGAAAAACCGUAAAUUAUACACGCAACAAUCCACAUUGCGCUCUUCGGUAUAGAAGUGCAUCAAAUUAGAAAUAGUGUAUUGAAUAUAUGUGUUAAACGGGAAAAUUGUCUAUGUGAGUGUUUGGUGCUUGUAUCGAUCACAUCGUUUGUGCGAAAAUAGAUAGAAAAAUAUCCAUUUAGGAAACGAAAGAGUUUAUCAUUUGGUUUGAACGACAUCGGAGUUAUCAUUGGUGUCGAGCGUAAAAUAAACACUACAAUAAAAAAAAUCCAAGUGACGAUAGAAAUUAAGUAACAUUCUUUGAACAAUUCCGCAACAAAUUCGAUAUAAAAGUUCAAUAAAGUGAUAAAAAAAACAACUGGUCGUCGUCGCCGUCAUUGCCAUCAUUAGGCUAAAUCAAAUGAAAACAACGAUACCCAUUUUGCACGAGUGAGUCAAAGUGGAAAUUCAAUUAGAAAAAUAGCAAAACACACAUACACAUCGAUCGAUAUGGCUUCAACAUCUAGUGCGGCGAAUAGCCAUUCGGAAAUUCCGCCAUGGAAAAUGGAGUUGAUCCAACGGAAGAAGAAACUAAGCACAUUGAGCCCAACACAGCGUACCAUUAUGCAAUAUGAUAUCAACAACGAUCCAAAUUUCGAUAAAAGCCAUUGCGAUACCAAUGGUAUAGUUGCUUCCAAAGUGCACGAUUAUUCUUUGUAUUCGACGUCGACGAAUCUACUGAAAUCCACGAGCCAAGUGAAGCACAGCACAAUUCAGCACGUUAGCAAUUCCAGCGGACGACAAAUGGAUGGAAUCGCUGAAAAUGGUAAUUCUGUGGCAGGUCAUUCACAUUUCCAGGCAGCAGCGGCUUCGACAACAACGACAACAACAGCUGCUGCAGCGAUCAUAAACGGCACCACAGCACAGCCAAUGAUGAGCGCAUCACUUCCAGUCUCGGUCACAAUUAACAGUGUAUCGCCGGAUGCGGCAACGCAACCGCCGUCGGAUGCACACGAAGUGGGAUCGCCGCAACCAUCGAUGCGAAAAACAUUGGAAACAGCCAACGACAACAAAUUCAAGUCAGCAACAAAUCAGUUUCAUUCCAGGCAUGGCAGUGAACACAACACAACAAUCAACGCCGAUCAACAACAAUCGUUCAGUUUAGUGAGUGAUCGAAAGCAGCAAUUAGAACACCUCACAAUUGGAAAAUGUACAUCAACGCCAGCAGCAGCAGCAACAGCACCAGCAAAUACUAAACCUGCUGCCACAUCGCAUUUAAAUCAAAGUCUUGAGUCAGCCAAACAAAAUCCGGUGGUGAAAAAGUUUUUGCAAUCAAGUGACAAACGGAAUAGUGCACCAAAUUGGUUUCCAUCGAAGCGAAACAGUUUGAUUUUAUUGGCCGAUCAGCAGCGAUUUGAAUCGAAGGCCGAGAAGAAAAAACGGUGCAGUGAACCAACAGGCAACAGUGGUGACAAAAUGGUUGCAAUGCAAGAAUUGGCCACAGCCGCCACAUUCGAUGAUAAUUCCGAGGAAUUGGCAUAUGGACCGGGAAUUGUAUCGAAAUUACGAUGCCGUUACUUGAGUCUGGCACUACGGCAAACGGUAAAACAACGACCAACAUUGGACAAUUUACGGCGCGCAAAUUCGAUGAGCAAUUUAUUGGAAGAGGAAAAUGUGGAUAUUGAUGAAGUGGACGAUCGUAAUAAUGGUCAUCAUGGUAUGAUAGACGAUAAUGAACAACAGAAUUCUUGCCAAUUCAACGAUAACAAAUUAAAUGGGUCUCAUGAGAAAUCAAUCAUUCAAGUGGAAUACACAACAAAUUAUAUUAAUUGCUCAAAUGGCACCAGUGACACGCUAAUCAAUCCCGACUCAAUGAAAACAUCGAACAAAGGAAUGGAUUCACGGCGUCAAGUUCAACGUGGAAAUGAUUCAUUGAAACGUGCCCGUUCAGUGGAAGCGCUCAUGCGAUACGAUACAUUGGCCUGGCGUCGUGAUGUGCUCGAAGAUUCUGAAGAUUAUCCGAGCAGCAAUCCAAUUAUUUUGGAUGAAAUUAUUGUGAGUGAUUAUCAGUCGACGGUGAUUAAAGCCAAAACAGCCGAUUCGAUCACGAUUGAAGAUAAAAUCCAACAAGCUCGUGAUCGUAUGAAUGAUCCAAAGCCACCACGUCGACUUACAUCGUUUAUGAGUGAAACCGAGCGUCCGCCACCGGAUUUGGUCAAACAAACCCUGCUCAAAUUUGAAGCAUCGGCCAAUAAACGUAAUCGCGCCAUUCAACGCUAUGGUAAUGGUGAUGUUGCCGCCAAAGUAGCAACAUACAAAUCAAAAAUGUCACACGAUAAAUCACCAUUGACAUCGCCACAAAUCACAUCCAAAUUGCCACCGUCCGGUUUUGGUGGGAAGAAACCGUUGAUUAAACCACGUACCACUAGUCCAAAACCACCACCGCCACCCACAUUCCUCAAUGGCACAUCAGCGACAAAAGAGCCAACGAAAAAAAUCUAUACCAAAACAAUUGAACAUGACAUCGAUACAUCACACACUGCGUUCAAUGGCAAUGGUUUGAAAUCAAGCGAUGUCGAACGUAUGAAUCAGAAAAAUUCGGCUGCAAAUUUCACCAACCGACUCGAUACCUCAACAUAUCGUAGUAAAAUUGCAUCGCCUGAUUCACCACCAGCCACAAGUCCAUCAUGUGAAAGUCCUCGCUCAAGUUAUGUGUACGAUAUGGUUCGUCGGCGUGAAAAUAACCAUGCUGAUUCGCCGCUAAUUACACAAUUGGCACGUAAGACAGAGAGUCUGGUAUUGGCCACACCAAAAUCACGGAAAACCAGCACAUCGGCUGAUAUUGCAUUCGGUACAGAUGAUUCAAGUGUUCAGCCAUCGGAUAACGAUGACUAUUGCGAUGAUGCAACCAGCAAUAGCAGCGAAACGGGUUGGAGUGAAAGUUAUGAUGUGAAUAUUAUUAGUGAUAAUGAAGACAACAGUAGUGAAAUUGAUAUGGAUUUCUUGGCAAAAAAACCACCAAUGCCAAAAUCCAAGCUAAACGGUAAUCAAAUAAAAGCAACAGUGAUUAGUGUGCAGCCGGCAAUAAAUUGCAUUUCAAAUGGAUCUAUGGAUAAAAAGUCUGAACAGCCCGAGCCAAGUGUUCGGCAAAUUGGUAUCAUUCGGCCGUUGAAUCAUGAAAUUCCAUUACAACCACCGAUUGCAAGGCCACCACCGAUUCCAAUUGCCCGUAAUCGCCUACCAUCGCCAUCAUCACCGAAAAAAGAGGUCACCGAUAAUGCGAUUAAGGUAUCGGUUGCAGCGGCUCCAAUUGUUGUGAGCACCCAGCAUAGUGUUGUGUUGCCAUCGAGCACGUCAUCGGUUGUGGUGACAAAUUCAGUGAGUGUGGCCACAUCGAACGAUGUCCAAGGCGAUGUUGUUGUUAUUGAAUGUUCCGGCGAUUCAAAUAUCGAUACAAAAACAAUGUCACCCAUAUCCACACCACCCACAGCCAAUUCUAAUAAUCGUACCAAAUUGAUCAACAACACUGAACCAACCAACACAAUAAGCAUCGAUACGCGCAGCAUUGUGCACCAGAAGAAUUUGUUGAACAAAGAAAAAAGUGAAGAAGUGCUCAAUGGCAGCAGCCCACAAGGACUCAUUCAAUCGCCAAUUAAAUGGAAUAUCAAAAAAUCCACCGUCGUCUCAUCGUCGCCCGUUUCAAAUGUGGCCGUCAAUCAAUCGUCAUCGCCAACAAAUCAACAAGCAACGGCCACAGCUGCAGCGACGGCGGCAGCGAAACAACGACCAAGUGAUAUUCAAACCACAAACACAAUGGUCUUCAAUUUUAGCAACCGCAAAGAUGUACCCGACUACAUCGAAAAUGAUGGUCUGGUCAUUCGACGAAAACGCGAACUUCCAAAGCCCGGUGAAUCUGGUUUUGUACUACUUGGCGAUCUAACGGUUGAAACAUCAACCGACCCAGAACCAGACGACUCAUGGAUCUGUGAUCCACCAUCACCAUGCGAUGUUCAAUUCAAAAAUGCCAACGUCGUUAUCAACGGCAAAUCCAGUCUGCGCGACAGAUCCAGAGGCGAUCCAAAGCAAAUGAGCAUUCGGUUCAAUGAUGUGUUGACGUCAACAUUUGAAUACCCAUCGGAGAGUUCGUUGUGCGAAGAGAUUGGACUGUCAAACGGCGAUAGUUUCGAUGAUGAUGACUCUGAUUUACUCUACAGCAAUGGCCAUUUCCUCGGUAGUUCACCAAUUGCAUCGGUGCCGUUGGGAAACUACCAACCCAUCAAAAUAUUCAAUACGAAUUUUGAACUAGGCGUUACGCGUACAAACACAUCAUCACCAAAUCAAAACACAUCGCACAAAUAUCAAGCACCACCACCACCUCCACCACGUACACACAGCAACGGAAAAGUGCCGAAGCCAGUAUCAUCGCCGACGGCAGUGAGUCCGCCCGAUCAUCAUCAGCAAUUAAUUAGCAUCGAUAGUUCGACCACGGCCACAUCAAAUGGUGGUGAUCCGGAGAGUUUGCAGUAUUUAAAGCCGGCGAAUGAAGAUGCGGUGGCCUGGAGUGAAGGCGCCAGUGAUUUAUUAUUCUAAUUCCAAUACGUGUGUCUCCGUGUGUGUGUGCUUUUUUUUUUCUUCGUGUAAUUGCAGUAAUAUAUAAUUAAGAUUGAAAUGAGCUGAGAUAUAUUUAAGAGAAGAAGUAAAAGAGCAACAAAAAAGCGCAGAUUCAAUGAGAUGGUUCGCUGUCUGUGGAUAAUGUAAUAACGAACAAAACAACAACAACAACAAAAUAUUCUGUCUAUCGAUAAAAUCGAACAAAUUCGGAAAGAAAAUACAUUUAUUUUAUAAUAGAUCUGUAGAUUAUAAGUGAAGAAAAAGAACAGAAAAGUUCGCUGUGCGUUCGCCGAAUUGCGCGGUAAAUUAAGGCAAAAAAAUAAUUUUGUUUCGCUCAAAAUCGAUAUAACUGAAGCGCCCGUUUUUUUUUUGUGAGUGUUUGUUGAAUCAACGUAUCGUCUCGAUGACUGUGUUGGUGCGAACGACAGCGUCUUAAUUGUAAGAAGAGUAGUUUUUUUUCUUGCGAGGAUUUUAAUAUAUUAAUCAAAACACUUCUGCUGUAAAUAGACACAACACUUUUUUUUUCUUCCACAUUUGGUUGGUAUCACUUUUCAAUCGGUCGAAAUUAGCGCUGGUCGACAACAGUGAAUAUUGAUGUAUAUCGACAGAUGAAUAAGCUCGCUCCCCACUCCCAAACAUAUAUACAAUUUCCAUAAUUAUGCGCGUAGUUAGCAAUUUGAUCUAAGCGAAACGAAACCAUUAGAAAACGAAACAGAAACAACAAAUACGAAAUGUACGAACUACGAAGAAAAUGAAAAUAGCGCAAAAUUAUUACAAAACUAUUUAUUCAAGAACUUAAAAUGCGAAGCAAUAACAACUAAAGAAAUAUGUACGCGAAUAUCAUCAUUCAAAAUAAUUAUUAUCAUUAUUAUUUGCGUUAAUGUUAUAAAUAAGAGAGUUGGAAAGAGAAACAACACAAAUUGUCAAUCGGGACUGAUAUCAAUCGAUUUUGUUUUUGUCUUCUCUUUGCCACUCGGUCAUACCUUUUUCUUCGUACGGUUUUGCCUUGAUGAUGAUGAUGAUUUUUUUAAACGAAUCAAAUUUUGAAGCAUAGAAACGAAUAACGAAAUAAUAACAUAAUUUUUGCAACACAUUUUUUUUGAUACAAAUAAACGAAAUAAAUGAAGAAAUAUGCUAAAUGUACUCAA